AUGAGUUCAGCACACGGCGUGUACUGCUUUCAUGGAGAUGGAAAGCUCGGGAUUUGGAACCCAACCACGAGGCAGUUUUCAACCUUGACCAAACCCGAAAGCUGCUGGGAAUACACGCUAGGCUUUGUGGGAUACGACCCGAUCGAUGGAAUCAGGCUCGGGUUCUUACACUGGGAAGAGGUCAAAAAUCAUCAUGGAGAUUCAUCCAAGGUAGCUUUGAACAUUUCCCUCGCCUUGGUGGACGAUGCAUCAAAGGGGUUUUGUAUUACGAAGCCCAUCUUAGUUCUGAUCUUACUCACCGCAUUUCAAUCCGAGGGUAUCCUCUUAGCUUACCAAGGUAAGUUAGCUUUAGCUUGGCAAGCUUCCGAAUUCAGUUUUGAUCCCUUUAUUUCGCUGUGGGUUUUGGAGGAUGCAGAGAGACAUGAGUGGUCGUUUAAACGUCUUUCUCUACCUUUUCCUCUCGAGGAUCCAAUCUUGGAAACCUCAUUAUUUCUUAAGGGUGUGACAUCAGCUGGUGAGUUCGUUUAUGCCUCAUCUUCUUGGUCUGUUUCGUUUGAUCCAUUUCAUGCUCUGUAUUUCGAUCCAAAGAGGAACACCGUUAGAAGAGUCAUCUAUCAAGGACUUGCAGAACCCGAAUUUCGCCGUGAUGGUCUUGGAAAAAUAGUGACCAUGUUUAUGUUUCCCGAUCACAUUGAGAGUCUCUUGUCUGUGUAA